AUCUCGUAGAUUAGAUGUGUGCGCGCCUGAACUGCAAACUGUUGACAUUUUUACAGUUUGGUCUUUUAUUAAGUUGGUACCCUUUCGAGCAAAUUUUCAAAAUUUGAAAUUCGAUGCCGUCUUAGGAACCAAAAGGAACACGCCAAACGUUAAAUUAUUCCGGUUUCUGACGGUAGAAAAUGCCCGAGAGAUUUAAAAUAACUAAAUCACAAGACAAGAACAAUAUUUACGGCAAUUUUAGCGAUUCUGGAGUUUUGUUAGAAGAAGAUGCAGCGAGAGAAAAGUUACUGCCAUCACAUACUUUGGGAACUAUAGUUGAAGGAGAUGGAGCCGAAGAUCAAAACCUGGUGUCCGAGAAGGUUUCAGGUUAUGAGACCAACCUGUACCUUUACUCGGAAGAAAUGGAAGAUCGACCACGGAUCUCAACACUCAUCAGCUCCUUGGCCAACUAUUCGAACACCAUUCCACCAGCAUCUAAUGACCCAGAUGCCAGACCAGCUCCAGGUGGUGCCCGUAUGGGUACCUUGAUAGGAGUUUAUCUACCGUGUAUCCAAAACAUCUUCGGAGUAAUUCUAUUCAUUCGACUGACCUGGGUCGUUGGUACAGCUGGUGCGCUGCAUGGGUUUUUGAUUGUCCUAUGCUGCUGCUGUGUAACCAUGCUGACAGCUAUCUCGAUGUCUGCUAUUGCUACAAAUGGUGUUGUACCUGGUGGUGGCAGUUACUUCAUGAUAUCUAGGUCCCUUGGUCCAGAGUUUGGAGGUGCAGUUGGUAUGUUGUUUUACACCGGUACAACGCUUGCUGCAGCAAUGUACAUCGUUGGUGCUGUUGAAAUUAUUCUGACGUAUAUGGCUCCUGGCUUGUCCAUAUUCGGUGAUGUCAAUAAAGACCCUAGUGCGAUGUAUAACAACUUCAGAGUUUAUGGAACAGGUUUGUUGGUGGUGAUGGGCAUUAUUGUGUUCAUCGGAGUGAAAUUCGUCAACAAAUUCGCAACAAUAGCGUUGGCUUGUGUCAUCUUUUCAAUUCUGGCUGUGUAUAUUGGAAUCUUUUACAACAUUAAUGGAAACGAUAAUUUAUUCAUGUGCGUUCUUGGAAAACGUCUUUUACAACUAGAAAAUAUAAACGAUUGUCAUAAAAACGUAACAGGUUUUCUGAGGAAGAAGUAUUGUACCAAUGAUAGCUUAAUUUCUUGUGAUCCUUAUUUCCGUGAUCACGACACCAAUAUUGUUCGUGGUAUCAAAGGGUUGUCAUCCGGAGUUUUCUUCGAUAACAUCUAUAAUAGUUUCUUGGAAGUGGGACAAUAUAUCGCUCAAACGAAAAAUCCAGAAGAUAUUGAACAAAUGGAAGGCCCUACCUACAACCAGGUCUAUGCCGAUAUAACAACAUCCUUCACCUUGCUUAUCGGUAUCUUCUUCCCUUCUGUCACUGGUAUCAUGGCAGGCUCAAACCGAUCUGGUGAUUUAGCAGAUGCCCAAAAGUCAAUUCCAAUCGGAACUAUUUGCGCUAUCUUGACAACAUCAACCGUAUAUUUAUCCUGCGUUUUAUUGUUCGCUGGAACAGUUGAUAAUCUACUCCUUAGGGAUAAGUUUGGUGUAUCCAUAGGCGGUAAACUUGUGGUUGCAAACAUGGCUUGGCCAAAUCAAUGGGUAAUUCUUAUAGGUUCCUUCUUAUCGACCUUAGGUGCAGGCUUACAGUCAUUGACUGGAGCACCGCGUUUGCUACAAGCUAUUGCGAAAGAUGGAAUUAUACCAUUCCUAACACCAUUCGCUGUUUCAUCCAGUAGAGGAGAACCUACAAGAGCCCUUAUUUUAACCCUGCUUAUCUGUCAGUGUGGUAUUUUACUCGGCAAUGUCGAUUAUCUAGCACCCUUAUUGUCAAUGUUCUUCUUGAUGUGCUAUGGCUUUGUAAACCUCGCCUGUGCUCUACAAACACUUCUUCGAACUCCAAACUGGCGACCAAGGUUCAAGUACUAUCACUGGUCCUUAUCAUUCAUUGGUUUAUCCUUGUGUGUAGCUAUUAUGUUUAUGACCUCGUGGUAUUAUGCACUUAUCGCUAUGGGUAUGGCUGGAAUGAUAUACAAAUACAUCGAAUAUAGAGGCGCUGAGAAGGAAUGGGGUGAUGGCAUCAGAGGAAUGGCUCUGUCAGCAGCAAGAUACUCUCUGCUUCGUUUGGACGAAGGACCACCACAUACCAAAAACUGGCGUCCACAAAUUUUGAUAUUAGUCAAACUCACCUCUGAUUACGUGCCGAAAUACAGAAAAUUGUUUUCGUUCGCUUCCCAGUUGAAAGCGGGUAAGGGUUUGACAGUCUGUGCAUCUGUUAUUCAUGGGGAUUACACGAGGUCUUAUGGGGAAGCAAUGGCUGCAAAACAGAGCUUGAGGAAAACAAUGGACGAAGAGAAAGUGAAAGGCUUUGUGGACAUUCUGGUUGCCCGUAAUAUAAGCGACGGCUUAUCCCACUUGGUUCAAACUACAGGUCUUGGUGGGAUGAAACCCAACACUGUUAUUUUAGGUUGGCCUUACGGAUGGCGUCAGUCUGAAGACGAAAGGACCUGGCAAGUUUUCUUGCAGACAGUCCGUAACGUCACUGCUGCCCAUAUGGCCCUGUUAGUUCCUAAAGGCAUUAACUUUUUCCCGAAUUCAACAGAUAAAGUUGUCGGAAACAUCGAUAUCUGGUGGAUCGUUCACGAUGGAGGUUUGCUCAUGUUGCUUCCAUUCUUGUUGAAACAACAUCGAACUUGGAAAAACUGCAAGAUGCGCAUCUUCACUGUGGCUCAACUGGAAGAUAACUCGAUUCAAAUGAAGAAAGAUCUGAAGACUUUCUUGUACCAUUUGAGAAUUGCUGCCGAAGUGGAAGUCGUAGAAAUGAUGGACAGCGAUAUAUCUGCAUACACUUACGAACGUACUUUGAUGAUGGAACAACGUAACCAAAUGCUGAGGGAACUGCAGCUCAAUAAAAAAGAAAGCUUGGGACUGGUUCAAUCACUGGCGGAUUUCAACGAAGUGUCAUCUAAAGAAAAUGUCCCACUGGUGCAGUCUAUAGUAGAUCAUCAUCACCAGGAUCCCAAAAUAGCUUCCAAGGUUAGAUUCCAAGAGCCAGGAUGUGGAGGGGAUGACAAAACCAAGGACAACAAAAAUUGUGAAGCUGAACCAACUAAUGAGCCGCUGAAUGGAGAGGAAAAACCAGACGAUUGUGAUGAUUCCAGUGAAAAGGAAGAUGCUUCAGAAAAGAAAUGCAACGAGGAAAAGAAAUACGAUUUGGAAGAAGAGAAGAAACCAGCCAAAAUGAAACCGGAUGAAGGAAAUGUUCGAAGAAUGCACACAGCUGUCAAGCUGAACGAAGUGAUAGUAAAUCGUUCUCAUGAUGCUCAACUAGUUAUUCUGAACUUGCCUGGCCCACCUAAAGAUACGAAAUUGGAGAGGGAAUCGAACUACAUGGAGUUCCUUGAGGUACUUACCGAAGGACUAGAAAGAGUUCUUAUGGUGAGAGGUGGAGGUCAAGAAGUAAUCACCAUUUACUCGUAAUCUGUGACAGAUCAAUUGAAGACAGAUCUUCAAAUCACCAAUCUGACUUCAGCUAAACAUUAAAAAAACUUCGCCUGUGGCUAAGUAACGUUCUCGAAGAAGUUUGAAGAGUAAAAUAUUAAACGGAAUAGUGAUUUUAUGGAACAGUUUUUGUUUAAUUUUUGUAUGUUAUUGAUUACUGGUUGACUCAAUGCCACUCAUAUGAGUUUGUUGGUCCAAGUAAGAUUGCGAUAUAUAUAUUUCAAAGGAAUUAGAAAGUAGAUGGACUCGGUAACCAAGUUACAUAGCAAAAGCCAAAUGGAAUAAAUCAAAAUGUAUUUGCCACUUUAGAACAUGAACGCAGAGUGAGUAUAGAAUAGCAAAAUAUAUUAAGGGCCAUUAGGUUUAGCCUGAAAUAAUAAAAAGAAUCAAAUUAUACUCAAAGUAAUUAUUGGAUCAUUUCGAAAACUGUAUCAAUCUUUACGAAAUAACUACUCUUGACUGAGCCUCAUAUUCGAGGAAACUGGUCUAAUAUAGAUAGAUGUCUUUUCUAGAUUUUAUAUUAGGUAUGGAAAAUUAUCCAAAUCUUUAAAUUUCCAGAGUAUGCCAAAAAAUAUAUGAAAGUUUUCAUAUUUACAGAUGAAUUGGAUUCAGUUAAAUUGUCAAUGAUCUCCAAUUAAGGUACCUACAUAUUCAGAAAUACCUUACUAUCCAAUUCAUUAAAAUUUAUAGUUCCUCCAUAUAAUAUGGCUAAUGAAAUCUAAACCCACAAAAGUAACAGCGAAAAAAGAAACCAAAAUCGAAUAUUCAUUUCAAAAAUUGAAAAAAGAUAUUGAUCGAUCCGAUUCAACUUCAGCUGUUGAUUUUUUUCCUGAAAUCUGUUGGGACAUUAUCAAUAUUAGGAUAUACAGUUUCAACUUUCGCUGGAUUGUAAGGAUCCUAAGUGCCAAAGAGUCUUAGAAAUUCAACUGUAGUUACCACGAUACUUAGGAAUUUUCAUCCAUUCGUUUCAAUGCUAUUAGCUAUACAUCAUUCGAUAUAAAUUAUUAAGUACGAUUGAAUAUGCAUUCACUUUUGGUCAGUUAAAAUGUCGCAUUUAAUAUAUUGAAACGAUAAGUAGGUAAAAUUUCGGUUUAAAGUAGAUACAUAUUAUGAAGUAAAUUUAUAGUUAUAAAUUUAUUAAAUCUAAGAAAUUUAACUGAGCAAUAUUAAUAUAAAGUACUGUAUUUAUAUGUCAAAUUAUGAAGUGAUAGAUUAUUAUAUACAGGGGCGGAUUGCCAAUCAUUAUAUAUUGAUCGACUUUACUGACGAUCAUACUACGAAAAAUUUAGAUCAUUAAUAUUUAUUCUCUUUGACUAUAACUAUUCCUUCCCUAAGGAAUUUUUAAGAAGGAUUUGCAGUGAAUGUAAUCUAUUUGAUGGCAAUUUCAGUCAACAACUCAUAUUUUGGGGACAUUCAGAGUGUUUUAAGAUAAAAUAUAGAUAUAUUAAAAUAUAACCAAUAUAUUUCUAUACUCGCCCUUUUGUCAAAAAAAUUGUGUAUAAACUCCAAGAAAGAGAACACACAAGUUGUGAAAACCCCAUUAUAAAACAGGAGGCUUCUACUAGUACUUCUAAAUCGUUUUUUGUCGUUUUUAUCCAUGUUGUUGUUUUUAUUUGUUACUAGGGAUAUAUCCUCAAUUGUGUAUGAACCUUUAGGUAAUUCUGUACAACUGUUUUUUUUUGUAUGUCCGAAUAUAUAUAUAUGAAUGUAUCUUCAAUUCAGAUCAAUUCGCCCCUCAUAUCGUAGUUUUAGAUAAAUCGAUGUCUUUAAAAUUUAUAUUGUUGGUUUAAAAUAUAGAGCACUAAAUGUUGUUAGAUCUUAGAAGUUUAGAUCGUAAAAGAACUUGCUCAUAUUGACAUGGUCAAAAAAACUUCGCGCAUGCACACAUAUAUAAGUACCUAUUUACCUAUAUAUGUUCAUAUGAAUGUCCCAUUUCAGUUCAACAUUUCGAGAGAAAUUCCUGAACAACUCAAUAAGUAUUAAUAAUUGUUGAAUAAUUAAAAUGUAGAUCCAUUCAAAAUGGGGCAUUUUGUAUUUCUGUGAUGUGUGAGUAAUCAAAAUUCGAAGCCUGUUUCAUAUAUACAAUCUUUAUACUUACUGAAAUUAUGCUGUGGUCUACCCUGAAAUAAUAAAUUUAGUUGUUUCGACCUCCUCAUUAUAAUUUCUAACUUAUAACUACACGAUUAGAGAUUUUAUUGCUUCUAUACAAAAUAGGGCAUAUUGGAGGCCAGCGAUUUCAAAAUAACACCUUUUCCUGAAAAAUAAUUGGUCGAUCUCUAAUCAAGAAUUAACUAAGCAAAUAUUUGGGCGAUUUUCCUAUUUGUGACCUCCUCGGAGUGUUCACGUUUGAGUCAGCUAAAGCAAGCUGUGACUGCGCUAAUAGCGCAUAGAUAUAGAGCACUAGUGAUCUCAACUAGCCUUAAAGGUACCUUGAUAAAUUGAAUUCUAUUUAUAUUUAUCUAUAUAUUAUAUAUUUCACUUAAUUAGUUGCUAUCAGAUAACGUCAUUGAAAAUCACCUAGUUCAUUUUUUGGUGCCUCAAAAAUGGCGUUUUCUAUCAUUAUAUUUUCACUAUGAAUCUAAAAUUGUUGAAAUUUUUUGCAGAGCCUAAUUUAAAUAACGAUUUUAAUCGAUGAUAUUGAAUUUUGAACUUAUGUUUCGACAAUUGUUAAUGAAAAAAUGAACCAAAAACCAGUCCAAUAUCUAAUUUGAUAAAAUGAAAAACACCACAGCAAUGUUGAUACUUGAAAUGAAAAGUGCCAACAAUUUUAAAAUUCUUUUUACAUAUCAGGAUGAACAAAGCACAAACGAUUAUAGAUGCAUUAUUUCUAUUGAAUGAAAUGCCUUCAUCUAUAACAAAACUAUAAAUAUAAUAUUCAACAUAAAUCGUCAUACUGAGUGGACGCCAAUCAAAUAAGGUAGAGCUUUGUUCUGAAUGAAUAUAAUGGUAGUAUAAAGAACUCCAUUGCAUUGUUGUUGUUUUAAUCUUUGUCUCAAUUGCACAAGAACCAUGUUUGGGUUUUUCCUCAUUGUGGUUCUUAUUUCAGAGAUUGUAUUUCAAUAUGUUGAUUGUCAUUAUCUGAUUGUCCUUAAUUCGACAAUGUGUUCAUUGGGUGAAUAUGUAAUAAAAUAAAACAUAGUG